GGCGGCCGCCUUUUGCGGCAGUGUGGCAGCGCCGCCCUCCCCGCGGCUGCCGCGCUUGACGGCAGCGAUGGCGUCGCGGCUGAGCGGGGCGCUGCGGCUGGCGGGCCUGGACGACUACAUCGCGCCCUCCCAGGAAUGUAUCAAGCCUGUAAAGGUGGAAAAAAAGCCUGGAAAAGCAGCAGCUAAGAUCAGAAUUGAAGCAGAUGGGAGCUAUUUUCAGAUCGGUCAGGAUGGAGAAGCACAAAAACUGGAGAAGGCUAAAAUUACUCUGAACGACUGUUUAGCUUGUAGUGGCUGCAUUACAUCAGCGGAGAGUGUGUUAAUCACUCAGCAGAGCCAUGAAGAGCUCUGCAAAAUACUAGCUUCUAACAAGACUGCAGCUCCCAAUGAACAGAAGUUGGUGGUGGUUUCUGUUUCACCACAGUCCAGAGCUUCGCUAGCUGCGAGAUGCAAAUUGAGUGUUCUGGAAACAGCAAAGAAGUUGACUGCAUUCUUAAAGAGUUUAGGUGUGCACUACGUAUUUGAUACAACCUUUUCAAGAAACUUCAGUCUGCUGGAGAGCCAAAAAGAGUUUGUAAAACGCUUUCGAAAACAAUCUGAAGACAAAAAGGCUUUGCCAAUGCUAGCUUCUGCCUGUCCAGGUUGGAUCUGCUAUGCAGAGAAAACCCAUGGCAGUUUCAUCAUUCCUUAUAUCAGCACCACCAAGUCUCCGCAGCAAGUCAUGGGCUCCUUGAUAAAGGGCCAUUUUGCAGAACAGCAGCACUUAACACCUGACCAGAUAUACCAUGUAACAGUAAUGCCCUGUUAUGACAAAAAGCUAGAGGCUUCAAGGCCAGACUUUUUCAACCAAGAGUACCAAACUCGUGACGUGGACUGUGUAAUCACCACAGGAGAAGUGCUAAAGUUACUGGAACAAGAAGGAGUAUCUCUAUCAGAUGUAGAUCCUGCUCCUCUGGAUACCAUGUUUAGUAGUGCUGCAGAAGGGGAACUCACUAGCCACUCAGGAGGUGGUUCUGGUGGUUAUUUGGAGCACAUAUACAAGUAUGCAGCCAAGGAACUCUUUGGAAUUCAAGUGGAUACAAUUCAGUACAAACCUUUAAAAAACAAGGACUUCCAAGAGGUGACACUGGAGAAGGAUGGAGUAGUUCUGCUCCAGUUUGCUUUGGCAUACGGGUUUCGAAACAUACAAAACUUAGUGCAAAAGUUGAAACGAGGGAAGUCACCCUAUCACUACGUUGAAGUCAUGGCCUGUCCAUCAGGCUGUUUAAAUGGAGGUGGUCAGAUUGAACUGGAAGGUGAAUCCAGCAAGGACUGGCUCCAGCAAGUUGAGAAGCUGUAUAAUUCUCUUAAGACUGAAAUUCCAGAGGAGAACCGGACUGUAACUGAACUGUAUGAGCAGUGGCUGGGUGGCUCGGAGUCAGAAAAGGCUGGGAAAGCUUUGCAUACGGAGUACCACGCAGUGGAGAAAACAAGCACCGGAUUUAACAUCAAAUGGUGAAGACUGAUGCUGGAAGCAGAUCUGUGAAGCCCAGAUAAACUCAGUGCCUUUUAAAGUUGAUUGUAUUUAAGAUUCUCAAGAGACAGGUAGAGCUCUGCGCCAUCACUGGUGAACUGCACUUUCUGACUCUCCUUGGGAGAAGGUAAUGUGCAUAUAGGCAGGCAGUACUAAUUCCUACAGCUUUAUAAUUAUUAUAAUGAUGUGAAUAAAUGACAAACAGUGACUUAAAUACAUGUUAAGAGAAGCAGUAAUGUAUCUUAGCCUCUACAGUCGUUAACGACUAAAUCUGCACUCCCUUUACAAUCCUAUUCCUAACAGAAGUGACAAAUUUAAGGUACUGAAGGAUUUGGCUUGCAGUACACUGUAACCUCACUGAGAUGAGCUUUAUGCUACCUGAAGAGUAUUUCCCAUCCAGGCUUUGCUGUAUUUUUCACAGCACUAAGUUUUAUGGCUGUCUCUUUUGGGACAUCCUCGUUUAGUUAUAAAUGGUCUAAUUAGACCUUGGGUUUUGUUUUUGUGUUUCUCUGGCCGUGACUGGAUGCCCUUGAAGUCCAGCUGCAGCAUCUCUGCACUGGCAGAGGGGGGCGGGUACCAGCAGCCUGUAAUCAUGUGAGAAGCAUCAUCUCUAGGGCUGUUCUGUGGCCUGCUGAAAUGUGACUCAAAUGAAUGUUUAAGAAGAAAAAGCUAUGUGUUUUUUUCCUUUGAUUAUAACAAUCGUCCAUAACUGGGGGCAAUUACAUCUCUCUCUCCAUAAAUACAGGGAGAUACACACAACUGUCACAUCUACCCUGGCCUCAGCAGCCAGCUACUGAUGAGUAAUAUCCUUAAACUCAGCACAAACAGUUUUUACAGUGCUUCAAGUAAGAAUUUAUUGCCACUUUUCUUUUUGACAAAAGUCCUUGUGUCUUUGAAAGGUGUUAAUUUAUAAAAGGUCAUAGAAAAAGGCGGCUGUGGGAUGUAAUCAUUAUCCCAGCUUACCAGAACAAUCCAAGAGGUUAGCAAAAAUAUAUCUGAUUUAAUGUGGUGCAUUACAAUGCUUUGCCAAAACACGUGUGGAUGUGAACUAGAUUUGGUCUUUUGGUACAGGAGAUGAUGUGUGCUUGACUCGCUAUCUGUAUUUUUACGUAUGGGUGUUUUCAGAACUAUUUACAGAAAAAAAAACUGUGAAUGACUAACUCUGUUUUGGCCUAUUUAAUCUGAAUGUCGUUUCACAGAGUGACAACGUGUAUAGGAAGGGGACAGUGGUAGUGGGGGGAGUUGCAGCUUUACCUUAGUUCAGGGUGAAGGGACACGGGCAGACGUGGAAUCUCCUCAUGACCGCUGUAGCUGCAAGUGACAAUGAACUGAAAAAUCACGUUCUUGCUUCACUUAAAUAUUUCUCCUUUUCCAAGUUCCUUUCUGCAGAGUCACUCUUCAUCACGUAGCAGUGAAGUAGAUGAGAACCGAACACAAAGCUGCCCUUUUGCUUUCUUCCUUCAGAGUAAAUACAAACAGCCGAAGCUGAUUACUGCAUCUAGCCCACACUGAAACCUUGCCCAGACCCUCUUCAGAGAUAACCCUCACUCAGUUACUGCAAGCCUUGGGCUCAGGGCUGGCAAAAGGCAAAGCUGCCAGACCUUAACCUGCUUCUCAACAGCUUCUCUGACACUUCCCUGUGUCCUUCUCAAAGCCUCCCAGCAUUCAUUAGAAGUAAGCCAACAGUGUAAAAGACAAUUUUAAUGUUUUUUAAUUAAAAGCUUUACAUAUUUUAGGUGUUACCGAUCAAUUAGUGAAUUCACAGUGUUCAUAAGGCAAAAAUCUCCCCCCGUUUCCCCCUCCCUUCCCUAGUCAUACACGAGCAAGUUGGUAGUUGCAGUGAAUGCCCUUCUCCAGGCAUAGUUCUGUAACACAGUGUUAGGCUAAAUCAUAACAUUUUUAUCUACAGGAAGAGAUACCAGUGCUAAUGCAAACUAAGUCCAACAUGCUGAAGUGCUGAGACCAUAAACUGCGUACAUCAGUGCAAAAGAAACACAUUCUGUUUCUGUUGAGGACAUGCACAUCCAGCCAGCAGUGCACAAGUAAAGCUGAAUUAGCUGUAGAUGAAACGACUGAGGAUUUGCAUUUUGUCACCUCCAGUUAGCAGGUUACCAACAUGCACCUUACUAAAGCUGUCAGAGGACUCUCCACCCAGAACGUACCCAGAGCACAGCUCCCACAAACUCUCCCAGGUGUCUGCUCUUGCCAUGGUCUCAAGAACAGCUCCAGCUUCACCCAGCCUUUGGGCUGCAUGCUGCUGUCAACACGAGCAAGCCCCGUGGUAGUUCAGGAACCCUCCCACAUGCACCCAAGUGCGUCUUCGCUCACAGUAUAAAUAAUAUUCCACAGGCACUCUCCAGGUAACAGAUGCCUGUCAGGGCAUCACCUACAAACUGUACCGUUGCAUCUGAACUGAGUAACUGGGAGGCAAUAAGUACCGAGGCAACUUGUGCAGCAGGACUGACUCUUCCCUUCCUGUGCAGAAGAGUAAAUUCUAACAAUAUAACAAAAAAAAAA